GACCUCAAAGCUGUUCAAGAAACAUUAAUUUCGCCAUUGCCAAUUCCACCCUACAUAAACCUCCCCGCUCUCCUUCUCACAGCCCCCGAUUUGCUUGCUCGCCGUAUAGCGAUAUGCAAGGGCUUACCACCACAUCGACGGCCGCCAUGCUGUCCCGCCAGCUUGUGCGACGGCCACAAUCCUACCCCGUCGCGGCCUUCGCCGUGGCAAGAAUAGUCGCGCAACGCACAUAUGCCACACCCGCUGGACCGCCAGCUAAGGGAUUCCGAUUGCCUAAGGCGAAGCGAUGGGAUGAGGAAGAAGAAGGAACUUUUGAUCGCGCUGGGAAAUAUUUCCUCAUGACGGAAAUGUUUAGGGGAAUGUAUGUCGCGCUGGAGCAGUACUUCCGACCACCUUACACAAUUUACUAUCCUUUCGAAAAGGGUCCUAUCUCUCCCCGAUUCCGUGGCGAACACGCAUUACGACGAUACCCAUCAGGCGAAGAACGAUGUAUUGCCUGCAAGUUGUGUGAAGCUAUCUGCCCAGCACAAGCCAUCACCAUCGAAGCCGAAGAACGAGCCGACGGAUCCAGACGAACAACCCGAUACGAUAUCGACAUGACCAAAUGCAUUUACUGCGGUUUCUGCCAAGAAUCAUGUCCCGUAGAUGCGAUCGUUGAAUCACCCAAUGCCGAAUACGCCACCGAGACGAGAGAAGAAUUAUUAUAUAACAAGGAGAAGCUCCUAGCAAAUGGAGACAAGUGGGAACCUGAAUUGGCAGCUAUUAUUAAAGCAGACUCGCCUUACAGAUAAUGGAAUUAAGCAAAAAUAGAACUACGACUACAUCAUGGGGGCGUUGUAACCAAUGUACGCUGUAAAUAUUGACUAGAGGGCAAUGAAUAUUUUUCCAUUUGUGGCGUCCAAGUAUAUGCUCCUGUUGCAGGUGACAUUG